AUGAUUGAAUAUUUAGGAUCAGAAGUAAACGAAAAAGCUCAUGGUUUUGGUCUGCAAAAAUGCGAAGAAUUUUCGCACUCUGGUUGGUGGAAAGAUGGAAGGCCAAAUGGGUUCGGCCUAAGAAUUUAUUCCGACAACACUGUUGAUAUUGGAGUAUGGGAAGAUCAGACUUUGAUUCAAACUGCCACAAUUUACCCAAAAGGUCUCCAAUAUCUGAUGGACAAGAAAUACGGUCGUCUCGAGGCAUUUGCUCAUGCCAAGCAAGAAAGCGUUUUCCUCGAUGAUGAGAAAAAUGAAAUCGAGAAGGUCGAAAGUUCACUUUCUCUCAGCUUGAGACAGUAUUUGCGGACGCAGGAUUGUGUAUCGAAACCGUUGGGGAAGGCAAGGAAACGGCAACAGGACUUUGAUAUAUCACAGGAUCAGCAUAUCUUGAAUCUAUCUGAGGAGUCUUCUAUUCAUAGUUCCUUUUGGAAUGAAGUUCGAUCUCUUGAUAAAACUGGUGGAAACACAUUCGAUGCACUUCGUUUAGUCAAAUCCUUUCCACCAGACCUGAUUUCCUCCAAAAACUUUCCAGAGUUCUAUCAGCUACUAAGGCAAGGCCUCAACCCAAAUUCACGAGAUCUGCUCGGAUAUUCCCUUCUUCACGCAUCUGUUUUCACAAACAGUGCUCGCACUAUUCAAAUGCUAUUGACUGCUGGUGCCAUCUCACAGACAUGCUUGGAUUUCACGCCAUUGCACUUGGCAGUUUUCCUUCAUUACCAGUCGCGGUUGGCGCAUUUGAUCAAGUUUCUGCCUGUUGAAAGCUCAGAAAAAGGAGAUAUGGAUAGACAAGACUCUGAAAUUGACUCUGCUUACGGAUCGCACGAAACAAGUCGCAUCACGAGCUCGAGAUACACGAAGAGACCGCGGUCAUCUAAGUUCUCAUCUAUUCAAAGUACGCCAAGAAAACUUAAUCGACCAAGAAGUACUCCGUCGCGAUUUUCCCUCGUCAGAGAGCGUCCGUGUCGCCCUGCCGAGAGCUUUAAAAACAUCAUCAGUUUAUUUCUCCGCGUUGGAAUAAUCGAGAAGCAGGCAUCUAAUGAAAUUCCUCCUCUUCUAUUCUACCCCGUGCUCGCAAAAGAUGAAGAAAUCACCCGCGCGAUGCUGCUAUCCGGUGCCGAGACGUCGGAUUGUUUUCUUCAGGACGGAAUACUGCUGGAAGCAAUAACGUUAUCGCCAGAAACGACGGCGGAUAUAACUGCCAUGUUGGUUUAUUCACGCGCCGUUGCUAGUAGACCUGCUCGUCUGUCAACACCGCCGGACAGGGUCAACAAGAAAGUUCGGCUGAAUUUAUCGCAGAAGAUUACGCCCGAGUUUAGCAGUGCUUUGUUUAGAUGUGCUAAGGGCGGACACAUCGACCAGUGUAUAAGCCUGAUUCUAAGUGGAUCUGAUAUCAACGAAGAGUUCAACGGAAACUCUGUUCUGGGGGUCGCCAUUUUGAACGGCCAUUAUGAACUUGUUGUUGAGCUGAUUAAACUCGGUGCAGAUCCAUCUUCAACCGAAUCAAACGGAGGAAACCCUGUUGGUCUUGUUCUCCACCCAUCGACAGAUCAUCUAUUCACCAUCACUCAAAAGAUAGAGCUGGUAAAUCUUCUGGUAGAAUCAGGAGCCAAGGUCUAUUCAAAAUGCAAACUGCGACAAAAAUCAACAAGUUUCAUCAAUACCAUCGACUUCAUUGAUAAAUCCUAUCAUCCGAAAUAUGGAAAUCCGCCAUUGAGAGGUGGCUUCUUCUCCGAACUCACUCAAGACGAGAAAAGAAAUUACUUGGCAAGGGGAGAGUUUCAGUCUUAUCUUCUGUCGAUUCUCAAAGAACAACUGACUGAAUUGGCUCAUGCAAAAGAUCCUAAAGCUCUCUCUGCUUGUUUUGAAUGUGGAACCGCGAGUAAGAAGCUUGUCCCUGAUUCUCAUUUCAAAGUCAUCGCCUUUUGCGGGUCAAAAUGCAGAAAGCUGUUUUGGCGAUCGAACCCGAGCAGGACAAAAAUCAUCAGUAGAAAGCGAAAAGUUUUCAACUUCGAGCCAUUUUUCCUGCAAAGUAAUCUUAUCGACAACUAUUCCUACAAUUGA